UAUUUUCGUGUGACGUGUGUGACGUAGAUCUCGAUAAUUUCACACACAUUCGAAGCUAGAUGAUUUAACCAUUAAAGUUUUGCUACAAUUCAUAGCACAAAACUACUCAUCAAUAAGAGGUUAGCACAUUUAAUGUUCAUAUACUAUCUCUGAAAACGCUACAAGCAACCCAUUUAGCAGUUUCGAUAUGUCACUAACUUUCCAGCAAAUUGUAUUGGAUGCUAAAAAAUUAGUAAUUGGAAUAGCACAACAUGAAAUUAUUGCAGAUGAUUUGAUAAGCGAUAUAGAAUCAGUUUCUAGUCAAAUCAGUAAUAUGAAACAGUACCAAGAAGAAAUAGAAAUAUUAAACACAGAAGCAAGGCACAGACCACAUGUACAAUUAAUUGCAAGUAUACACAGGGAAAAUAAACAUUUGCAAGAAAUACAAACUCAAAAUAAACAAUUAAAAAAUGCAUUGGAAGAUCAUCAGCAUGCUCUUGAAUUAAUAAUGUCUAAAUACAGGCAACAAACAGCAGCUUUAUUACGUCUGUAUAAAACUGAUCUGACUUCAUUACAUAAUUCAAAAUAUGCUAAUAUAAUUGCCAGUCAAGCUGACACAAUUCAUGAGAUGAUAGCAGUAAUGAAAACUGCAGCUGCCUUAGACCAAGAAAGUGAAUUGCAAGAAAAAGAGAUGUAUUAUAGUUUAAAGGAAGAAAAUGCAACGCUACGAGAAAUAGUGAAUAUCGCAAAUAAGUAUGGUUCCCUAAACAAGGAAACCGAGGCAAAAAAUGAAAGUGUUCAAACAGAUCCAGUAGACUUAUAAAAACAAUUUUGUAAUGUACACGUCUCUUAUAUAAAGCUCAUAUUAUUUAUUUCAUAUUUUAUAGUAUAAUUAAUGUCAAAAAAGUGUAUUAUCUAUAUGCAAUAAAGUGCACC